AUGGUACAGCAAGCGAAUCACUCACAGCUUCCGACGCCUCCUGCUAGCGCAGCCGCCCGCACGUAUGCUCAGGCCGUCUCCGGCACACCGCCUCCUGCACCAACACCUGUUCCUCAACCGGUUGAUGCCUGUUUGGUGCUGCCUAGCCCCGCUUCCAAGGCUUCCCCCGUAAGCCCUGCUAUGAAGCAAUCUGCUUCGCCCACGGCACAACUCCGGGAUGAUCCGCGGGACGCCAUCAUCGCCUCGCUGCAGCUCACAAUGCGGGCCGUCGAACACUCCCAGCCAUCAUGGCUAGUCCUCAAGGACCCAGCCGCCGCCCACGCGUUUUCCAGUGGGAUUGCCAGGGCUUUAGACUACUUUCCCGAGCAGCAGACCGGAUUCCGGCGCCACCGCUGCACCGCUGACUCGCUUGGUGACGUCGUCUCGGCACUGGAGCAUGCAAGAAACAGGAAGGAAGCGGCCCUUUUAGUGAUUUUGGACGUGAAGAGUGCAUUCGAUGGCCUGCCUCACCUGGCGGUCGAACAGGCACUAGCAACCUUGGGCGUCGGAGGCCGCAUGUUGUGCUUUGUGCAGGGCUUUCUGUCUGGCCGUUUUUUCCGCGUGCGAGUCGGCCGAGCUCUCAGCUCUCCACAUCCGGUCACGUCAGGUGUGCCACAGGGCUCUGUACUGAGCCCCUUCCUAUUUAACGUCGCCUUGGCACAUCUGCCUUCUGCCAUCCCUUCCGGACAGCGCUACCCGGUCCACUGCUCCAUAUACGCUGACGACGUCGCCCUGUGGAACUGGGGCCCCACCAGGAAUCUGCGCUCUGUCCGAUCCUGCCUCCAGGAUGCACUGAACGCCGUGGUCGACCACAUCGCCUCUGUUGGCCUGGCGGUGUCUUCGGCCAAAAUGAAGGCCCUUCUUGUGCACCCGAAGGCGAGAACGCGCAGCCGCGUGGCGCGCCUCACCAUCGAUGGCUCCAUGAUUCCGUGGGAGACUACAGUGACCUACCUUGGGCUCCGUAUCGACCACCGGCUGUCCUGGGCUCCCGCCAUCAAAGAAGCCAUGGGGAUGGUGAAAAGAGUUCAGAAGGCGGUGAAGUGCAUCUUCCUGAGCGGCCGCGGCUGCGCACCAUCCUGGGCUCUUCCUCUUCAUGCCGCAGCUGCAACCGCGAGGCUCCUGUACGCCUUGCCUCUGUUGGCACUUCCUCUCCGGCAACUGGAGCUCCUCGAGUUGUUGCAUAGGGGCUUCAUUCGGAGUGUCCUUGGCCUGCCGCGGUCCUCGCAAGUGGCAGCCACCCUGGCAGAGGCGGGCGCCUGGCCCCUCUCCCUGCUCUUACAGCAGCGUGGUCUCCUCCACAUCGAUCUGCUCGCCCACGCGCCUGAUGGACGCCCUCUCCUUGCCCGGCUGGAAAGCCGACCAACAUCUCGGAUGGGCGCACUGCUACAGGUCUAUCGAGAAGCUGUAGGACCUGUGCCUCCAGCCAUGCCCCCUCCUCCGCCGACAGUGAAGCCAUUGACAGUCACUACCGAUCUAGGUCGGCUCUCCAAGCGUCGCUCACCCACCUGCGCUCUCCAGCAGGCAGUCGCCUCCAAGCUAGAGGAAGAGCUGGCUGGUAGGCUUAUUGUCUACACAGAUGGCUCCGUCCUCCCAGCUACAGGCUCCGCCACGGCCGCCUGCGUCAUGCCAGCCCUUGGUAGAAAGGCCUCCUGUCGUCUCCCCUUUGACGCCUGCUCUACCGCCGCAGAGACGGCCGGUCUCCACCUCGCCGUGGACCUCCUGGCAGCAGAUCCCCCCAUGUGUCCCGUGUCGCACUGCAGGCCGUCGCGAAACCGGAAUGGGCGGGCUUCGGAACUCAACCGCUGGUCACCAAGCUGCAUGCCCUCCUCGCCAGUGGCGUCGAUGUCUCCCUGUAUUGGGUCCUAUCUCAU